UGCGCCUGCGUACACGCGCUCCGGCAGCACGGGAGCCUAUUGUAAAUCGGCUGGCGGAGUCUUGAGCCGCGGAGCCGCAGUCACCGACCCCCGGUUCAACAAUAGCGCGAGGAGAAGAGGUGGAGCGACGGGGCGAGGCGGGGAGUGACGCCGCUCGAGACCAAGGCUCCGGUAGCACGCGGCGUCGAACAGGCGGUGCACCGAAAGAGGGAUGCAUGAGCGCGUGCGAUAGCGGACGGUGUUGAGAACAGCAGCAUGGAUGGAUAGGGCGGCGCGAGGAGCAUCGAAGCCACCGACGGAGCUCGAGCAGAAGAGAGCCGCCUCACCGGAGCACCGGAAGAUGAACCCGGGAGACGCCGCGGCGCACGGAGCCCCGGGCCAGGACGGCCUGGCGCGAGCAGGGGAGAGGGGGGGGGAGGGGGUCAAGGCAGUAGAUGUGCUGACGGUGCUGAGGGAGAAAGUAGCCUUUGUUUCAGGUGGCAGGGACAAAAGAGGCGGACCUAUCCUUACAUUCCCUGCCAGGACCAAUCACGAUCGAGUUAAACAGGAAGACCUGAGCCGAUUGGUCACUUACCUGUCAACCGUACCCAGUGAGGAGGUGGGGGCGCGGGGCUUCACGGUGGUGGUGGACAUGCGGGGCUCCAAGUGGGAGAGCGUGAAGCCCCUCCUCCGCACGCUGCAGGAGUCCUUCUCCACCCGCAUCACCUCCGCCCUCCUCAUCAAACCAGACAACUUCUGGCAGAAGCACAAGACCAACCUGGGCAGCGCCAAGCUCAGCUUCGAGACCAGCCUGGUGUCGGUGGAGGGUCUCUCCCGGCUUGUGGACCCCUCCCAGCUGACCUCUGACCUGGGCGGCUCUCUGGAGUACGACCACGUGGAGUGGACAGAGCUGCGCCUGGGCCUGGAGGAGUUCUCCGGGGCGGCGGGCCAGCUGCUGGCCCAGCUAGAGCAGCUGGACACGGGGCUGGCCCGCGUACCCGAGCCCCAGGAUGUAGAGGAGGCCCGCCGGCUUGUUGAGGAACACGGCCGACUCCGUAGCACGGUUGCCACGGCACCCAUCGAUGCACUCGAACGGGAGGGCCGGAGCCUUCUCCAGCGCAUGCGCCUAGGCCCUACUCCCGGAGAGCCGGCCGGGGACGCCGGCGGUAACCAUGGCAGCUGGCUGUCCGGUGGGGCCGACUUCCAGAGCGUGGCACCCAGGGUCUCCUCGCUGCUGGAGCGCCUGCAGGGGGCCCGGGCGCACUUCCUGCAGAGCUGGAGCGACCGCAAGCUGCACCUGGACCAGUCCCUGCAGCUGCACCUGUACCUGCAGGACGCUGCCAAGAUGUCGGAGUGGAUCGCCCACAGCAAGGAGCUGUUUGUCCAGAGCCUUCAGGACGUGGGCCUGAACCACCAGCAUGCCCUCGACCUCCACGGCCAGCACCAGCACUUCACUGCCAACUGCAUGAACGGAAGCGGAAACGUAGACAGCGUGGUCACCGUGGCAACGAGGUUGGCCGAGGGCGGUCACUACGGCGCGGAGCGUAUCGGGGAGGUAUCGUCACGGUUACAGGAGGACUGGAAGGCCCUGACAACGGUGUUGGAGGAGCGGAGCCAAACUCUGGGCCUGGCCACGGCCUUUCACCAGGGGGCAGAGCAGUUUGUCGAGCAGAUCUCAGGGUGGGCGGAGUCAUGUGGGGACAGCUUGUUGCCGUUGGCGAUACCAGAGCUGCAGUCUUCCAUCCAGAAACACCAGGAGCUCUAUGAGGUCAUGACCUCUGCCUACACCCAGGUCAGUGAGACUGGUAAAGCCCUAUUGGACGUCCUCCAGCGUUGCCCGGCAACCCCAGAGUGUGACGACGCCCAGCCUCAGGCUCCGCCCACUGCCACACAUGGCAUCAUGGGAGUUCUGCACGACGUCAUGCAGGGUCACCAAGAGGUGGAGGGGGCGUGGCAGCACCGAAAGCUCCGCCUCCAUCAGCGUCUGCAACUCUGCGUGUUCCAACAAGAUGUCAGACAGGUGGAGGACUGGGUGGAGCAACAUGGGGAGGUGUUUCUUAAUAAACAUACCGGCGUUGGCAAGUCGCUCCACCGGGCCAGAGCUCUGCAGAGACGACAUGACGACUUCCAACAAGUAGCACAGAACACCUACACUAAUGCAGAGAAGCUCCUGGAGGCCGCCGGUCAGUUGGCUCGCUCUGGAGACUGUGAGGAGAGGGAGAUCUACCAGGCUGCCGGGGACCUGGAGACACGCAUGCAGGCCUUCAUCCAGCGUGUGGAGCAGAGGAAGCUGCUGCUGGACCUCGCAGUGUCCUUCUACACACACACCAAGGAGCUGUCGGCCUGGAUGGAGGGACUGCAGAAGCAGAUGUCUGCUGAGCUCAGCCUGUGUCCGGACACGGUGGACGCUCUGCAGAGCAUGAUCAACCAGCAGCAGCAGCAGCAGGCUAACACUCAGGAUGCGUUACUCAGUGUUAUCCGAGAGGGAGAGGACCUCAUCCUGCAGCUACGGCCCCAGGGCAGCUCGGUGGCCCACGUGGAGGUGGUGCUGCAGCAGCUGGAGGAGAACCAGGCCCAGCUGGAGGACGGGUUCCACCACAGGAAGCUCCGCCUGGACGUCUUCCUGCAGGUCCGCAUCCUGCAGCAGUGCAGCCUGGAGGUGACCGGGGAGAUGGACGCGUGGAUUCAGGAUCUCCAGAAACAGUCUCAGGACUUUUCUACUGAGAAGUUAGCGCAGAACCGGCUAGCCGAUGCUAACCAGGACCAGCUAGCCCCGACGACAGACAGCCAGGUCCAGGAUAAGCUAGCGGCCGCCCCCUCCAGGCUGCUGGAGGCUAGCCCAGAGGGGCUAACGGGGCUAACGUUAGCCCCGUCCCGGCUGGUGGAGGCUAGCCCAGAGGGGCUAACGUUAGCACAGCAGCGGAUCCACAGGCACAUGGAGCGACGGUUAGCCAUCAACAACAUGACCUUUGAGGUCACUCAACAAGGUCACGACCUUCAGCAGUACAUCACGGAGGUCAUCGCCUCAGGCGUGUCCUUGGGGACGGACGGUGGGGGGGACCUCUCCUCCCAGGUGGACGAGGCUCUGAUCGUCCUGCAGGAGAAACAGAAGGACCUCCAGCUCAUCUCCGACCACACCCACACACACCUGGAGCAGAGCCUCCAGCUCACACACCUGCACACGCAGGUUAAACAGGUGUUGUCAUGGAUAGCUGAAGGUGAGGUGAUGCUGUCCUCCUGUAUGUUGAACUCGAGCUGUUUGGCUGAAGCUGAACAACUACAGAGAGAACAUGAGCACCUCCAGCAGGCCAUAGAGGGUCUCCUGCAUGCUGACUCUCUCCAGAGGACACACCAAGUUGCUCUGGCGCUGCAGCAGAGAGCUGAGCUACUGGUCAGGGCGGGGCACUACGACCCAGAGGCGGUGCGGUCCUGUGCCCAGACGGUCGCUCUCCACUGGCAGAGCUUGAUGCUGAGGAUCGAAGACCGGCUGAAGCUGGUCAACGCUUCAGCUGCCUUCUACCGGACCUCCCAGCAGGUGUGCGGCGUCCUGGAGAGCCUGGAGCAGGAGUACCGUCGGGACGAGGACUGGUGUGGGGGCGGGGCCAGGGGGCGGGGCCAGAGUGACCUCAUCCCCCUCAUCAGCAAACACAUGGACCAGAAAGAGGCCUUCCUGAAGGCCUGUACUCUGGCCAGGAGGAAUGCGGAGGUCUUCCUGAAGUAUAUUCACCGGAAUAGCGUCACCAUGGCAACCAUAUCUGGCCACAGCCUCACCGUUACCGGGGUAACGGGGGUCAGCGAGGUCACCGGACACUCUAGAGUCCCAGAGCAGCAGGUCAAAGGUAUUCUCAGUGAACUGCUCCAGAGGGAGAACAGAGUUCUUCACUUCUGGACGCUGAAGAAACGCCGUCUGGACCAGUGCCAGCAGUACCUGAUGUUCCAGAACCACACACAGCAGGCGCUGGAUUGGCUGCAGCAGUCAGGUGACCACUACCUGGCCACCCACACGUCGCCGGGGGCAACCGUCACUCAGACUCAGGAACUACUUGCAGAGCACCGACAGUUCUGCGUGUCAGCCAAGCGUAUCCAGGAGAAGGUCCACCUGUUGAUCCAGCUGGCUGAGAGCAUGCUGGCUAAAGGCCACGCCCACCGGGCGGAGCUCCGCCGCUGUGUGGCCGGAGUGGACAAGCGUUACCGUGACUUCAGCGGCCGGAUGGGGCAAUACCGCCACCUGUUGGACACGGCCCUGGGUGGUUGUCAGGACAACAAGGACCUGGAGCUGGAUCUGAUCCCCAACAGUCUGUCGGACUCGGACCCCGAGGUGAACCUCAGCGACCCGGACCACCAGAUGAGUGACGAGAAGAGGAGGACGGCCCGCAAGAAAGAGUACAUCAUGGCUGAACUGUUGCAGACGGAGAGAGUUUACGUCAGAGAUCUACAGGAGUGCAUUGAGACCUACCUGUGGGAGAUGACCAGUGGCACCGAUGUUCCGCUCGGACUUUCCAACAAAGACGACGUUGUGUUCGGAAACCUCCUGGACAUCCACGAGUUCCACAACAGUAUCUUUCUGAAGGAACUGGAGAACUAUGAACAGCUUCCUGAGGACGUUGGACAUUGCUUCGUCACCUGGGCUGAUAAGUUCCACAUGUACGUGACGUACUGCCGCAACAAGCCGGACUCCAGCCUGCUGGUCCAGCAGCACGGCUCAACCUUCUUUCAGGAGGUCCAGAGGAGGCAUGGUCUGGCCAACUCAAUCUCCUCCGCCUUGAUCAAACCGGUCCAGAGAAUCACCAAGUACCAGCUGCUACUCAAGGAGCUGCUGGCGUGCUGUGAGGAGGGGAAAGGAGAGAUCAAGGAGGGUCUGGACGUCAUGCUCAGCGUCCCCAAGAGAGCUAACGAUGCUAUGCAUGUUAGCAUGCUUGAAGGGCUGGAGGAGGGCGUGGAGGUGCAGGGGGAGCUACUCCUUCAGGACUCCUUCCAGGUCUGGGAACCAAAGUCUCUGAUCAGGAAGGGGCGGGACCGACACCUGUUCCUGUUUGAGCUGUCACUCAUCUUCAGCAAGGAGAUCAAAGACUCGUGCGGGAGAACGAAAUACAUUUACAAGAGCAGACUGAGGACCUCAGAGCUGGGGGUGACGGAGCACAUCGAGGGAGACCCCUGUAAGCUGGCGCUGUGGGUGGGCCGCACGCCCACCUCCGACAACAAGACGGUCCUGAAGGCCGCGUCCCUGGAGCUGAAGCAGGAGUGGGUCCGCAGCGUGCGUCAGGUGAUCCAGGAGAGGCGGGGCCACCUGAGGGGGGCUCUGAGGGAGCCCAUCCCCCUCCCCAAGACCCCGGGACCCCCCCUCACCAGGCAGCGCAACCGCAGGGACACCAGUGAGGAUGCUGACAGCCUGGGGGACGCCAGUAGCCAACCAGACAGCGUCUCGAUCGCCUCCAGAACCUCUCAGAACAGUGACAAGCUGUCUGGAGGCUGUGAGCUAGUGGUGGUGCUGCUGGACGUCUCUGCGGGCGGAGUUGAGGAGCUCAGCGUCCGUUGCGGUCAGACGGUGGAGCUGGUGGAGCGCAGCUCAGAACGCCCCGGGUGGUGUCUGGCCCGGACCACCGACCCCUCGCCCCCACAGGACGGCCUGGUGCCCCUCAGCGCCCUCUGUCUGUCUCACUCCCACAGUGCAGCCGACAUGGACGCCCUGCUGCCCCCCUCCUCCUCCACCGAGGCUACCUCUCUCUCUAGCUCAGAGGGUUGUGCUGUGAUCCAGGCCGGACCUCCAGCUGCUGUGGUGAGUGGCGGCGCUGCACCAACAGGGGGCAGCACCGCCUCCCCGGGCCCCAAACGCAGCGGCAGCAGCAGCUCUGGAACAGGAAACACACUGAAGCGGUGGCUGACCAGUCCGGUGCGCAGGUUGAGUCAGGGUAAGGCUGAUGCCCAAAAGAAACCACCAAUCAGCUCGCGGCGGAGGGACCACAGACCAGAACUGACCACGCCCCUCACAGCAACCACCAACUCGAAGGGUCGGCGUGACGAUUCGGUCCAGAGUGGAGGAGAGGAGGAGCAGGAGGAGCAGGAGGAGGACCCCAGCACACCCCUCCCGCCCCCCAUGGAGAUCAUCAUGGACCCAAACACUCCCCAGGCUCUAGAAUCGGACCAGAGCUCCAACGAGUCGGACACUGAGCAGCGGAACAAGGCCAUGAGAGGACGCAUGUUUGUGGUCAGUGAGCUUGUCCAAUCAGAAAAGGACUAUGUGAAAGAUCUGGGCGUGAUCGUUGAGGGGUUUAUGUCCCGUCUCGAGGUUAGGGGAACCCCAGAGAGCAUGAGAGGGAAAGACAAGAUCGUGUUUGGAAACGUCCACCAGAUCUACGACUGGCACCGAGAUUUCUUCCAGGUGGAGUUGGAACGUUGUCUCCAGGAUCAAGACCUGCUGGCCGAACUGUUCAUUAAACAUGAGCGUCGUCUUCACAUGUACGUGGUUUACUGCCAGAAUAAGCCACACUCAGAGUUCCUCGUUAUCCAAUACGAAAGCUUCUUUGAGGAGAUCCAACGGGAGAUCAGCUGCAGAAUGUCAAUCAGCGACUAUCUGAUCAAACCCGUCCAGAGAAUCACCAAAUACCAGCUGCUGCUCAAGGACUUCUUGAAGUACACGUCUAAAGCAGGACUGGAUUGUCAGGAGAUAGAGAAGGCGGUAGAGUUGAUGUCUCUGGUCCCUAAACGGUGCAACGACAUGAUGAACCUGGGAAGGCUUCAAGGAUACGAGGGGAAGCUGACCUCCCAGGGGAAGCUGUUAGAACAGGACACUUUCGGGGUUUUGGAACAAGACAGCGGCGUUCUGUCGCGCAGCAAAGAGCGGAGGAUCUUCCUCUUCGAACACGUCGUCAUCUUCAGCGAGAUCCUCCACAAGGGCUCGACGACACCUGGGUACCGGUACCAGAACAGCAUCAAGGUCAGCAUGCUGGCGCUGCAGGACUCCGUGGACCCCGACCAGGACCCCGACCGGCUCCAGUUCGUGUUGUGGUCUCGGGGGUCGGAGGAGCGCUUCACCCUGCAGGCCUCGGCCGCCUCCGUCAGGACCAGCUGGGUGGAGCACCUCAGCCAGCUGGUGGAGGCCCAGAGGGACUUCCUGUCAGCUCUCCAGUCCCCUAUAGAGUAUCAGAGGAAGGAGGGAGUGGUUCCUCGUCCUCUGUCGUCAGGGCGACCGCCCUCUGCACCCCCAACCCCCAAUGGCCACGCCCCCCAACCGGACCAGGACACGGACACCCACGAAGACCAGGACCUGGUGCUGGUGCUGCAGGACUUCAGCGCGGUGCGCGAGGAUGAGAUCACGGUUGUCCGUGGCGACCGUGUCCAGGUGCUGUCGUCCAAUCAGCAGGGCCAAAGUCUGGUGUUCCGUCCGGCCAACUCAGAGUCGCCCCCGGCUGAGGGCUGGGUGCCCCGCAGCGUCCUCAAGAUACACACCUAACACACACACACACACACACACACACACACACACACACACACACACACACACACACACACACACACACACACACACACACACACACACUUUGGCCCAAUCCCAAAGUGAGCCCUGAGGACUCAGGACUCACGGACUUCAUUGACCUCAGGUGCUAAGUGAGCGAGUGUGUGAGGCCACAUGGGCUCAGAUAGGUAAUGUGGGAUUGGGCAGCACUCCACGAGAGCACAUGUUACCUUGGCAACGUUGAAUGACAAAGAUGUUGCUGAUACUUGCCGGUUUGGGAAUUCUCAUUUUGACGUUUCGGCUACAGAAAUGUAUUGAUAUUAGAAAAUAUAAUUUUUACUUUUGAAUACCUCAGUAUAAAGGAUGUAUUGAUAAUUGAGGUGAUUAUUGGCCUACACAUACGGAACAUAAAUCAGAACGGGCUACAUUUGGCUGAAUUCUAAAAGGUAUAAGUAGUAAUAUGAAGAGCCGUUUGGGAGCAAAAAAGCCGGCUCUUGUUGGUGAGCUGAUCCAAAUGAUCCGGCUCACUAAAAUAAGGGCGAAAUUCCCAUCUGGUCGCCCAUUGACAGUAGCGUCGUCUUGUUGUUGUUUACCUUCCUAUGUCCGGAUUUCCCUAUGGUCUCCGAGGUAAACGUCACAACGCUUUGAACUGUGGGUAAUUCCCUUAGGCGAAGUGUGCACUGAUGCAGACUCACGGAAAGGGCUCGGUAAGUGUGGACUCAAACCCUCACGCCCUUUGGGAUUCGACAUUGGGACAGCCCUGAAGCCUUCAUAAUUUUGCGAGAACGCGCAAUAAAGUCUGUGAGUCCCUGAGUCCGGACAUUGGGAUUGGGCCUUGAUACAUUCAUACCCAAUAGGCACACACACAUACACUAUAUACACAUAAACACACACACUCACACUGAACACACACACACACACAAUAUAAAUACACACUAACAAUGGACUCAGCCUAUUGGUGCUCUCUGAGCUCCGCCUACUCUGUGAUUCCUCCAAUGGGACGGAUGGCAGCCCGGAACCUCAGUUUACAACUCAAGACUGUUUCUACUGGCCGGUGGGAGGUCAUGUGACAUUGAGAUAGAAGCUCCGCCCUCACACAACCCCACUGCCACCUCAGCCAAUCACAGAGCUCUGUGGUCUGGGGGCUCCAGUGACUCCGCCCCCACCAUAUUGUUGAUAUUAUAUAUACCCCCCAUCAUGAUGAUGAUGAUGAUGAAGAAUAGAUUCUCUUUUUUCACCUCAGUACAAAUCUGAGAUUAACUUGUCUUGUUCAAAUUAUGUGUGUGCGUGCGCGUGUGGGUGCGUGAGUGUACAUAUAUGAGUGUGUGUGUGUGUUUCUGUGUGUGUGUGUGUGUGUGUGUGUGUGUGUGUGUGUGUGUGUGUGUGUGUGUGUGUGUGUGUGUGUGUGUGUGUGUGUGUGUGUGUGCAUGUUUGGCUGGGUGCAUGUGUGUGUGUGUGUGUGUGUGUGUGUGUGUGUAUUUUGUUGUGUGUUUUCCACUGGUGUUCUGGUGUAGUGUUGCUAUGACGACUAUAAUAGUGUUGAAAUGAAGCUGAGCAGAACGAUACACCCCACAACAGCAUCAUCAGUUGCCUAGCAACGCCCCCUCGGACCUGGCACACCGAUCCAACAUGGCUGCCACCAUCAGGAUGAACCGCACUAAUCUCUCUCUCUCCCCAUCCUGUCUCUCUCUCUCUCUCUCUCUCUCUCUCUCUCUCUCUCUCUCUCUCUCUCUCGUUCUCUGUCCUUGUUGCCCAUUGGACUGUAGCUGGGCCAAUCAGAAGAGUUUGUACAGAACUGUUCUGCUCUGGUUUCUAAUUAAAGGUCACUUCCAUUGA